AUGACCAUUACAAUGAAGUUCAUUACCUCACUGAGGAUGCCAGAAAUAAAGCCUUGGAUGAUAUUGAGUCCCGCCGUAUCCAACUUGGAAGUUAAAGAUGCGAUUUUGAAGGGUUUGCACAGUAAUGUAAAUCAGCUUGAUAAGCUUUUAAAAGCAUCUUGCGGAGGGGAGGGGUGUGAUUGUAAUAUUAAGAAAUUCCGUGAUGACCUUAAAAAUCUUCAAGAUACAUUUAAGAAAUAUGAUGAUCUUGAAACAAAAAUUAAUGGCCUUAAAAAGCAAAAAGAUAUUGCUGAAAAAAGUGAGGCGUCCUUAAGGACGCCGUCCGUCGGUGGUCCUGAGAUUGAGAGUCUUACAAAGGACAUUGAGAAGCUUAAAAAAGAAAUUUUCUCACAAAUUCCUGAGCUUCAAAAGGAAAUUACAACUGUAAUUGACGCUGUUCAAAGUAAAAUUACUGAACUUGACAAGAAGAAAAAAGAUGUUGAUAGCCUUCAGUCUCAAGUGAAUGAGCUUAAAAAGCAAAUUGAGGAGGGGGAAAAGAAUCUUAAAAGCCCGCAAAAAUAUGAUGAAAAUGAACUUAAAAGGCUUCAAGAAGAGCUUCAAAAAGCAAAAAAUAAUUUCCCUGAGAAAGACUCUAAAUCUCUUAACUCUCAUAACGUUUCCAUGAAGUCUCUUGAGACACUGAAUAAGCUUUGUGGAUAUGCUGAUAAAAUUCAAAAAAAUGAUGUUGACCAAAAUUCUUCCACAGAUAUUCUUAAAAAUCUCACUGAAGGUUUGGAAAAGUUUUUAGGUUACAAUAAAGACUCCAAAGGCUACUCGGGCGAAGGAAUCGUGUACUCGGACCUUGACAGGCUCUGCGACGGGGUGAUGUCUUUCCUUCAUGGUGUUCUCCAAAGUGUGAAGGAUGAUGAUAACGUUAUAACAUACAAUAAACAUAUUACUCAGAAUAAUUUAGAUAAUGUUCUAAAACUUCUUACUUCUUCAAUUGGCAAAGGGCGUUCUGGCCUUUCGGAGUCUGUUACCAAGGUGAAGGAGUGGCUUGGGAGGUAUGAAGGGGAGGUGAACAAGAAAUGUGAAGAUGUUAAGAAGCCGAUAAAUGGGUUAUGUGCAUAUAUUGUAAGCCAAAACAAGCGUAUUGAGGAGUUGAAGCAACUACCCGUGGAGUCACAUUGGGAGCAUUGGAACCGCCAGGUUGGCCGGUUUGCCGGAUUGGCUAAUGAGGCCGAUAAGGCCCGUGACAAAUUGGAUCAAGAGCUUAAGAAAAAGUUGGAAACUCCAACAAAAUUAAUAGUCCAAGCCGCGGAAAGCUUUGAGAAAUCUAUGCAAAACGAUGACGUGAAAAAGGUUGUCGAUCAAGUUGAAGCUCAAAUGAAGACGCUGGAGGAAUAUGCUGGAGAAGUUGAAGAGCAAGCGAAGCAAAAAGCUGAAGACGCUACGCGUUAUAUUAAUGAGAGCAUACAAAAUCUGGCAGGAAAAUUUAGAAAGAUCAAUAGUGACGUGGAGGAUAAACAAUUAGGCCUACAACAGUUGGUGAGCGAAGCCUCAGCGGCGCUGACACAAGCGAGGCAAAAUAAGCACUAUAUGGGAUUGCUCGACCACAACAUUAAGGAGGCUUUGUGGGCCGACGUUCAGAAUAUCAGGUCACAGUUUGAUGCUCUCAGCAUUUCGACAUUGCAGGGUGCGAUUGAACAGUUGGUGCCCCAAAUUGGCGAGGCAAUUGGGAAAAUGUCAGAAUCAGUUGUGGGAACGAAAGAGAAUAUGAAAGGUUUUGUUCAAAAGCUGAAGCAAAAAAUAGGAAAUGAUAUUAAAGGCAAUUCAGGCUCUGGUGGCGGUCUGACUCAUAUUAUAGAUAGCAUUAGGGAUUACGCUCAUAAUUACUCCAAAGAUAUUUUUGAAGAUAUUUUUUUAUAUCCGUGGGUUGCAGACAUUGUGGAGAAAAAUGUAAUUGUUAAACCAUGGGUUGAUGGCUAUAUAAAACCCAACAAUGGUAAUUUUAAAAACCGUGAAUUGACCACUGAUCAGAAGAAGCGUGAGGCAGUCAUAACAGCUAUAACAGCGGAAAUGAAUAAAAUUGUUAUUGAGGUUAGGAGUAAGAACUCGAGCGCUCAUGAUGGUGAUGUGGGAAAUAAUUUGCAAAGCAUAAAAACGUUCCUAGACCAUUUUGCCGAUGAGCUUGGAAAGAAGAUUGAUGCCGGCGAUGAGGGAAAAGUGGUCACUGCAAUUGACACUGAGUUAUUGAAUGGUAAGUCCACUUAUCCUGCACAAUCAUCACUCAAAUCCGCACUACGUAUAAUAAUGCCCGUGCUUGCUACGUCGGCUAGGCAAACUGCAGAAGAAAUAAGUUCAUUGGUGACAUCGUGUAGCAUCGCAAGUCUGAACGACAUGCUCGAUAUUGUUGGGUCACUUGAGAGUAAACUUGACACGCAAUUUGCGCAAGCCUUAGACGGUGCAAUUAAGAAUGUGGCGGACAAGGUUGGCGAACUGAGUAGUGAUUUUGAGAAUAGCUUUAAAAAGUCUCUCGGCGAUGCCGUUGAAGGCAUAGAGACUACAUAUGACGAAUUGCAACAGCUAUCAGAGACUCUCAACGGGCAAGAAGGUAUUCCAAAAGCUGUAUCACUGAUGAACGAAUUGUAUGAUAAUCUCUCAGGUUUACAAGAUAAGGUUAAUGACAUUCGUUUGGCUAGUUCAACAGCCGAACAAUACUUGAACAAAGAUAUGCAAGGAGCCGUGAAUCAAACAAAGGCCUUGGUUCAAAGAUACAUUGAAAACACAGCCAGGACACUCAUGGAAAAAGGUUCUACAGCAUUGAACACUAUAAAGGCGGAUGCGCAGGAGAAAUACGUUUUAACAAAGAAAGCGGAGCUCGAAGCCUUAAAAUCCUUUGUCAGCGCUAAGCUUCAAGACGUUACAGCUAUAAUCAAUCAGGACAAGGUAACGGGUCUGAAAGGCUUCUUCAGCAAAAUGCACAUCUACAUAGUUAAUCAAGUCAACGACUACGUAUCGAAAUUAUCCGGCAAGCAAUUAUCUGCAGACCAAAAAACAUUAAAACAUUUUGCCGAAAUUGUACGCCUUCGUUUUUACGACUUUAUGGAAGCGUUAUAUCCGCAAGAAGACUUUCAGAAAGUUCGUCGAUUUUUCGACCCUUCCCGUAAAUCCCUUCAUGACUUGCUCACUGACCUUAUUAGUUCAGAGCACUUUGAUUACACAUUUAGUAAUAAUCUCGAUAACCUUAAUAACGCACUUCAUAACUUCGAACUUAAGAGGUUCUCCGGUCCGUGCAGUCCUCUGCUGGACCCCCUCAAGGAGGGGAUCAGCGCCAUGGCUAGAGAGCUGGGCAGGACUUACAUCAGCAAGUACUGUUGUGUAACGUUCAACGGGGCGUUGUUACAAAAUAAGAAACAACCCGCAACGGGAAAACCUGAUACCUCCCAACCUGAAAAGGAGUUGACUGAGGAAGGGCGGAAUUGCGCAAGAGUAUGUUUAACAAUACUAGAUAUGCUGUUCCACGACCUGAGUGAGUUGAAGCAGCAAUGUAACCAUACAAAUGGCCCCUGCAGGGACAAACAAAUCAAUACGCAUGGAGACAGUCCACUUGGUCCAUGGUUCAUUAACCGUGGUUACACGGUCAAUUCCGAAAAUGGCAAGCAGACCGGUGAGCUACAGGACAAUAAAAAGAUGGAAGGAAGUAAAAUUAAUGAGAAGCUUAUCACUGAAUUUCCCAGCGCAAAAGCGAAUAAACAUCUCAAAGAUUGUUCAGCUCACACUAAUAUGACAAGGCAAUACAAUGUAAUGGGCAUCCUCACAUGUCUUUUCACUCACCUGAAAGAGUGUUACCAAGUCGGCCAUCAUGCCACUUUAUCCGCAACUAAGUCACCUACAACCAUCAACGAAAUGCUACAGUGGUGUUCCGGCUUUCCGUAUAAUUAUAUGUAUCAUAAGGUUGGAGCGCACGUUAAGACAUUAUUCCCUAAACCUAAGGGGAAAGAACAAAUGUCAUAUAAUGAGAUUCCCGACACAGCACUUAGCUUAGCUGCCACUACAGCCAUUACACCUAGGCAUGUCACUGAGUUACUGGAUUCAGUUUGCCGCCACGCUGAGCAAACUCUUAUAGCAAUCCAGGGUCACGGGCACGCAGAUGGACAGUACGCCUGCGACUACUCAAAUAAUUCACUUGAUUUACAUUACCCUGUCGUUCCAUCACAGUGCGUUGCUCUUCUCGUGGAGUUAAUAUGUAGAUUGUAUGAGCAGCUUAUUUUCUUAUACCAACAGUGUAAGAAUGGUCAGAUCUAUAGUGGUUGGAAUAAGUGUUGGUAUGGUCAAGGUGUUGCCGGCUCAUCGUGGAGUUGUAAUACUCUACAAUGCCCCAACCAAACAGGUGACCAAACGGCCAACCAAAAGGCUGACCAAACACAUAACCAAACGUGUAACCAAAACUGUAAGCAACAUAGUGACUGCGGCAUUAAAUCACCAUUACAAUCAUAUCUAGAGGACGGCCUAGUAGGCUUCCUUCCACAUCAGCUUACAAAAUUAGGCUGUGGAGUGGCAUGUUCACUUGGCAGCCACAGAGGUCAACCGUGUAUUACACCGAUGGGUUUCCCAGAUCUCAGCGUAAUGGCCUCUCACAGGCAGACGGGCAGGUAUCUAGAGGAGGUGCUUGCAGAUUUCUGUGGCAAACCAGACAAGCCUCUAAGUAAACUUUGCAGUGCUCUUACAUGUAUAUCAAAACGCACACCUCUGACCCUUGGUGACCUGUUCGCCUUUUACAUUAAUUUCCUUGACAAAUGGAACUCUAACGACGGCCACAAACGUUAUGCCUUUAUUAAAGCUGUCCAAAGUGCGAACUUUGGGGAUCCGAAAACAACUCUCGAAAUCGGUCCCAUGUUCAAGAGCGCAGUUCAUGGUUCUGACAACAAGCAUCCCAACGCCGACCUUCACUCACUUGUUAAAUGCGAAAGCAACAGCGGUGACGCAGCGCUGCCCUGCGGUCCAUACCUUAAGCCAAUUUGCCGUGACAUUUGGAGCACGUUCUCCAGUAAGAACUCCAGUAAAUAUCUCUCAUGGAUCGUUUACCUCAGUGAAACGUUCUAUGACCUGUUGAAAAAAUUGUAUGACGACUGCUGUGCAACGUGCGACAGGAAGGGCAGCAGAUGCUACGAAAAAUGCUGUACAGAGAAAUGUCCAGUUAAAUACACGGAUAAGAAUGGGCAAUCUACCACACCGUCAAUAAGAGACACGCAUACUCCAGACUGUAGUUCCAUUGUAAAAUGUCCACACACUCUUCGAACGUUGUCUAAAUAUGGUUUCUAUUUCGGAAGCUCAUGGCGGAUGAGCGGUGAGCGUGGCGAGAAGACCAAGCGCACAUGUAGAGAUCUAUGUAGAGCACUGGAUAGAGUGCUGAGUAAAAAGAAAGCAGAGCAGCCGGCGCUAGCAAAAUUAAUAUACGAGACAAUUCCAGAAUUCUUAUUCAAGAUCCGCGCACCGUUCAUCUGGACACUGGUAGCCCUCUGGUCGCUGUCGCUCCUGUACCUGCUGCACAUCCUCAUCGUCCGCCUCGACGUCCUGAGGAUACGCUCCCACCUGCGCUCGCCCUCAAGCCACCGCAUCGCCGCACAGUCGCUACUUGCCGCCGCACGCGUCAAGGCACUCGCCAACGUCAAGUACUUCUCACCAUAA